GGUGGGGGGAUCAGGGUUGCCCCGCAUCCGGAUCGGCGAUUUCGAGGCCCCCAGCGCCCCGCUUGAACGUGGCAUAAAGAUCCCUAUAGUGCCAAAAGCAGGUUGUGGUCUUAUCUCAACAAUAACACACAACAUUGGACGGAUUGACCAAGUGAGCAAGCUUUAAGAUCCUCAGAAUAAAGGCAGACCAUGAGGCGGCGUCUCGACGUCUCAACAUGGCCGUUCUGAUCUGCGUGGGAGAGAAAUGUAAAAGAAUUACCUUGCACAGGCCAAGAUGAGCUGAUAAGGGGUGUAACUGAUAAGGGGAACAUCCCAUUAAGACCACGACAAGAGAUUCACCUUUGAUCAAAUCGUCGUGUCUCUCAUUUCUAUACUUUAAAACAUACCGAAGGUAGUCUAACUACAAUUGCUUGGUUACGGCUGUUCCAGACACUGGCGAUCACGAACCAAAACACCACCACCACUGCCACCUACAAGCCCGCCAUGUCAACCGACGCUUUCCGCCGAGUGGGCCGCGGUGGAGCCGGAAACUACUAUACCAAGCAGGACAUCCAAGACGCCGAAAAAGCCACCGACCUAGAAGCCCAAACCAACCCCUCCCUCUCCCCCUCCCGCACCCAGACCAACACCACCGUCUCCGGGUCCGGCGGAGGCGCAUCAAUAACUCACGCCCGGACGGGGCGCGGCGGGGCGGGCAACUUCAACUUCUCCGUUCCUUCCUCUUCCAGCCACAACAAAAAUUCCAGUUCUUCGAAAUCUUCGCCCGAAACAGGAGGGAAGCAGAAUGAUGAUGGGAGAGAUGAGGAAGCAGAAUUGGCGGCGGAGAGGAGCAGAGCGGCGGCGGCGGUAGCGGCGAGCUUAGCCGCUAAGUCCAGGACGGGCGGACUCAGCGGGCGGGGAGGGGCGGGGAACUGGAACGCCGGUAGCAAUGGUAAUGGUGGGGAUGAGGUUGAGAAGGGGAAGGAGAAGGAAAGGAUGGUGGAGGAGUUGGAGAUGAAGGUAUUAAAGGAGGUCGAGGCCGUGUUGGCGGUGCCGGGGAGAACGUAUCAUGGCCAGGGGUAGGUAUGUGUAGGGAGUUGGAAGCCGGCGAUUCCAAGUGUUUUCUCUUUUGCAACCUGGAGAGUGGAUGUGUAUU